UGUUCCAAGCAUUAAUUGUUCAGUACCUCGACGAGUCACAACCAACCAACCAACCAACCAACCGGCCAACUAACCAAUCGUCCAACUCUUCGACCUAUUAAAAACACUUAUUAAACCCACCUCAACGGAAAUUACAUUCUCAUCAUCCGCAUAUCCGUAAAUAAACGCGAGAGUUUGUGUGCGUGUGUGUGCAUAAAAUACAAAAAAAAUACAAAGCAAGGGUUAAAACUCGUGUCCUAUUCACAUUAAAAACACACAAAGAUUACGCAAUCUUAUUAAGAAGAUGAAGUUCGUUGUUGUAUUUGUUGCUGCUUGCAUUGCCUGCGUCUUGGCUGCACCAGCGCCCCAGCAAGAUGUGCAGAUUUUGCGUUACGACUCCGAUGUGGAGCCUGAGGGAUAUAAAUUUCUUGUUGAGACCAGCGACGGCAAACUGCAUGAAGAGGAAGGCAAGCUGAAGGAUGUCGGCACUGAUAACGAGGCAAUCGUUGUACGCGGCUCAUUCUCUUAUGUUGGCGAUGAUGGUCAAACCUAUACCGUUAAUUAUGUCGCUGAUGAGAAUGGUUUCCAACCGGAGGGCGCUCAUUUGCCACGUGUCUAAAAAUCGUUCCUCAUCGAAUCCAUAGGAGUUGUGACUAGAAGUUCGAACAUCAAAAAACAGCAGCAGCGAAUCAGAAAAAAAAAUGAAGACAACGUUUAUAGAGCGGGCAUAUCCAGCGAUUUUGUAUAUUCAUUGUGUUAACUAGGUUUAAGGAAGAUACACAAAUACAUACACACAAGGUACAUACAUAAGUAAAAAUGUAAGAAGAACACAAAACCAUGAACUGCGGGCAUAGGCAAAUAAAUAAAAUUUGUUAAUGUUAUCGAUUACUGAAGUAAAAAGCUUAA